AUGAAAUCCCCUACAGCCAAAAUGUCAUCUUUUCUGGACCAGAUCUUGAGACCCAUUUUUGAUCGAGAAACAUCACAUUAUACGCUUGAGAAUUCUCUGAAAUUCUUAGAUAAAAUAGAACUAUAUGAAAUUACAGACAAGACAAGACAAUUCACGUUCGAUAUCACAGACCAUCAAUAUAAAACAAUGACAUCGCUUCGUAAAGAUCGAGUACAACGUCGAAUUCAGUUUGCAGUACCAGAAAUUGUAGCUUGCAGUCCGAUGAAGAAACGUAAGCACAACAACGAUGGAGAACCAGAUUUUCAGUUUCCACCCUUACCAAUCUUAUCGCUACCAAAACAGCAAGAAAAUGUUCAACCACAACAAACGAAGAAACGACAAGCACUGAUAGCGCCCAACAUUACGAAAUCGUCUAUUACGAUUAAGCCGCCAAACUGGAUGCUACCGGAGCAUGCACGACAGCUAAAGGCAAGUAACACCCCUUUAGAUGCCGCACCUAAAGUUACAACAUCGAACUAUGGAAAACCACCGGAACACCCAUCAAAACCGUUACCGCAACGACGGACCACUAAUUACUAUUUUAACCAAAUACCACAAGAAGAGCGUCGAUACAAUGAACGACAGGAACCGAUUCGGCAACGAACCGAAUCGCCUGCCACCACCACGAGUAGAAAAAAGACGUUUUCAAACCGGCACCGUAUCAAAUUUUAA